ACUUCCCCUGCCUCUUAAUAAUUAUACGAUGAUGUGAUUCUACGAAAGUUGGUCCGCAAAAUUGUUGACUUUUAAAAUCAGCGAUUGAUGUGCUUGUACUAAAGUUAUGCUACAUUUUUUUGCAGCAAGAAAAAUGGGCUUCUCUCAGUUACCCAAAGCAACUCCUAGCAUUUUGUUCUUGGUUCUGCUGUCUUGUACUUGCUUCACUUCAACAGAUGCUUAUGAUCCGCUUGACCCAAAUGGGAAUAUAACAAUCAAAUGGGAUGUUAUAUCCUGGACCCCUGAUGGAUAUGUAGCUGUUGUUACAAUGAACAACUUCCUAGCAUUUCGUCACAUCCCUUCACCUGGCUGGUCAAUGAGAUGGACAUGGGCCAAAAAGGAGGUAAUAUGGAACAUGGUGGGAGGGCAGGCCACAGAACAAGGGGAUUGCUCAAAAUUUAAGGGAAAUAUUCCACAUUCCUGUAAGAAAAAUCCCACAGUUGUAGAUUUGCUUCCUGGAACACCUUACAAUCAACAAGUUGCAAAUUGCUGCAAAGGUGGAGUGCUCACUACAUUGGUGCAGGAUCCAACCAAAGCAGCUGCAUCAUUUCAAGUCAGUGUUGGUAGAGCUGGAACCACAAACAGAACUGUCAAACUCCCAAAAAACUUCACCUUGAAAGCACCGGGACCAGGUUAUACUUGUGGGCCAGCUAAGAUUGUGAGACCCACUAAAUUCAUUACUCCAGACAAAAGGAGAGUGACCGUAGCACUGAUGACAUGGAAAGUGGUAUGCACAUACUCACAAUUUCUGGUUCGUAAAACUCCAACUUGCUGUGUCACACUUUCAUCUUUCCAUAAUAAUACUGUUGUGCCCUGCCCAACAUGUUCAUGUGGCUGCCAAAGGAACUCAUCUCGGUCAAGGAGAUGUGUAAAUCCAGGUACACCACAUUUGGCCUCUAACGUUACUAGCUCUGGGACGAAUAAUUUGUCACCUUUGGUUCAAUGUACUAAGCAUAUGUGCCCAACCCAAGUUCACUGGCACGUUAUGCGAAACUCCAAGAAAUACUGGCGUGUGAAGGUUACUGUUACUAAUUUUAGUUACAGGAUGAAUUAUUCUGACUGGAACUUGCUUGUUCAACACCAUAACUUCAACAAUCGGACUCAAGUGUUUGGUUUCAACUACAAGUUACUGGCUUUGGAUGCAUAUACAAAUGAUAUAGCAAUGCUGUGGGGAAUUAAGUCCCGUCAUAAUGACAUUCUCAACCAAGCUGGCCCUAAAGGCAAUGUUCAAGCAGAGCUACUCUUCAGAAAGGAUAAAGCAACUUUUACUUUUGAUAAGGGUUGGGCUUUUCCUCGAAGGAUCUACUUCAAUGGUGACAUAUGUGUAAUGCCACCACCUGAUGCUUAUCCAUUUUAGAGCAUAAUAAGAUUGCAGAGUUGGAUCUCAACAAAUGUCCUACGGAAGACAAUGAACAUGAGGAUAAGGAAAAGAAACAAGUUAAGAGUUUGCUGAAAAUUUUUAUUCAUAAAUUUUAUUAAGAUCAUGGUCCGUGCUUUGUUGCUUUGAAAGUUCAAUUAUGUUUGUUUCCGGGUAUGAUUAUGUAAGCAUCAUGAAGUGCUUAUAAUUUAGAAGAAUUAUUCCAAAUAUAUAGCAGAAUAAUUGGGCAAGAAAACCCACUUUGCAGUAA